AUGCGCGAGGUGGAUUUCUCCUUUGCUCCUUUCAACGUCUUGUACACAAGGGCCCAAGCUGCAGACUAUACGGUCCCGUUCGUCAUCGAAUAUGGCAGGAUUUUGGCCCGCAAAGGAGAGACUGAAGUAGAUCCUUGGGCAUUUUUCCUUCCUCUGACGCCAACUGUUUGGCUUCUGCUGCUCGCCUGCAUGGGAAUAAUAAUAUUGUGCUCACUAGCUUUAACGCGGAUUUUGAAUGCAUCCAAGACCAUAUUCCCGAGGUACUCCUGGGAAAACUACGUGAGGACAUUUCUGAGUCAAGACACGGAAUUCCAGACAGUGAAAGAAUGGUCACUCAGCAUUCUUGUAGCCACCUGGCUGAUAGCCUUACUGAUCGCGCUGAAAGCAUACGCUGGGAACUUGAAUUCCCUCCUCAUCGCCCGUCACGUACCUCAACCUUACCAUACAGUCAGGGCUGUGGUGGAUAACCCAAGAAUCAAGGUCCUAUGGGUUGCUGGAGGUUCUUACUUGCAAAUACUGAAGAGCUUUGAGUCAGGGGUCUUCAAGGAGUUGGCUGACGCCGGUGAAAAGGGGAAGAUUUCCUUCAUGGGAUCGACGAGUCUAACCGAGAUCGUCAAUACCAAAGUGUCCAGUGGCGAUUAUGUCAUGGUCAUUGACGACUCGACCAUGAAAACGUUGGUCGCUGAACAUUUCUCUAGAUCUGGAACAUGCUUGUUCUACCUAUCGAGAGAGUUAUUCUUCCCGCUCAUGGUGGCCAUGGUUGCUCAGAAAUACAGCCCUUUGAUUCCAGUCUUAGAUAAAAGGAUUAUCAUGAUCAACGAAGGCGGUCUGUACGACCACUGGACGAGGAAUGAGAUUCAGAACUACACCAACUGCGCUAAAGCGCCAAGCAAGAUUUUGUUCCAGUCUGCUCUCUCACUUCAAAGCCUCUGGGUAACAGGAGCAACGGCCACAGGAUGUUUCUUUGUAUCUGGGCUUUCGGGGGUUGAAACGCUAUCACGACAACUUUCAUUUGAUGGCAAUAUGUUGCCUUAA